GGGUAGGUGGAACUUGGAAACGCCACAGAUCAGCGAAGCGUCGAGGCUAAAUGGAGAGGAGGCUCAAGUAAUUGAAGUUGUGUUUGACGGCGUCGGCUCCGGCUCAGUGACGCGCUCCCUCGCUCGCUCCGCGGCACGCCCGGCCACUCUGACGAGAAGGCAACGGGGGGAAGGGGUGCUUACAGGGGAGGAGGAGGAAGAAGAAGGAGGAGCAGCGGAGGUGGUCUUCGUGCCGUCGACUGACUCGACUCGCCACAACCGACGAGGGAAAAGAGACCCGCGAAGAGUGCGUGACGACAAACCCCCCCCACACCCCUCCCCGAUCUUGUCCGAGCGCAGCGCCUCGCCACAAUCGCCCCCAAGUUUUGUCGGCAUCGCCACAGCCUCCCCCACCCACCCAUCCACCCGGCAGCCUGCACCGAACUGUGGACAGCACCGCGCGGGCCGCCCAGGAAACCGCCCACCCGCUCCAUCGCUCGCUCGCCCGCCCGCCCGCCCACCCGCUCGCUCCAUCGCUCGCCCCAUCUCAGCGGCGGUCGCUCUUCUCGCGCGCCUCGCCCCAGCGGUAGCGCACGGAGAAUCGCUCUUCUCGCGCGCACACGCGGCACGGAGGAGGAGGAGCGGCGGCGUCGUCGAGAAGAAGGGAAGAUGAUUCUGCCACAGGGCCCAAACAGGGUCAACUCGAGCAAGCCGCCGUACAGUCACGCCGCGUCGGCGCCGCUGGCCCCCAGCCCCGGGACCCCCAGCAGCUCCUGCAGCCCGGCGGGCAAUGACCUCCUGAGCAAGACCAACCUGUACAUCCGGGGACUGCCCCCACACACCUCGGACCAGGACCUGGUCAAGCUGUGCCACCCGUACGGAAAGAUCGUGUCCACAAAGGCCAUCCUGGACAAGACCACCAACCAAUGCAAAGGCUACGGCUUCGUGGAUUUUGACAGCCCGACCGCCGCUCAGAAGGCGGUGACUGCUCUCAAGGCAACCGGGAUUCAGGCUCAGAUGGCGAAGCAACAGGAGCAGGACCCCACGAACCUCUACAUCUCCAACCUGCCCAUGAGCGUGGACGAGAAGGAGCUGGAGAACCUGCUGAAGCCCUUCGGGCACGUCAUCUCCACGCGCAUCCUGCGCGACGCCGCCGGCACCAGUCGCGGCGUCGGCUUUGCACGGAUGGAGUCCACGGAGAAAUGCGAGGCGGUCAUCCAGAGAUUCAACGGCAAGUUCCUGACCACGCCGCACGGCGUCCCAUUGCCCAGCGAGCCGCUGCUGUGCAAGUUUGCGGACGGAGGGCAGAAGAAGCGGCAGAACCAGAGCAAGUACCUGGUGAACGGGCGUGCGUGGCCUCGGGAUGGUGAUGGGCGCAUCACCGGCGUGACCCUGACCUACGACCCGACCGCCGCUCUCCACAAUGGGUUCUACUCCAGUCCGUACAGCCUGGCCACGGGACGUAUCAUGGCCCAGACGCCCGUAGGCCCCUACCUUCCCAGCAGCCCCAUCUCCACCUACCAGGUCCACAGCACGUCGUGGAUGCCGCAACAGCCCUACGUCAUGCAGCCGCUGUCUCGUGCUCGCGUGUGCGCGAUGCCGCAGGGCACCGUGAUGUCGCCCGGCAUGGAGCACCACAUGUCCAUGCAGCCGUCCGGCAUGAUGACCCCGCUCGCCCAGCAGAUGGGACACCUCUCCCUCGGCGCAAGCGCUUCGCCGUACAUGACCGCGAGCUCACACAUGCAGGGGACCUACAUCCCUCACCAGUACGCGCACAUGUCCGCAUCCUCCAUGGCGGUGGAGGAUGGUAGCGGCCAGCAGCAGCAGGUGUCCAUGGACGGUGGCGACCACCAGCAGUACGCGUUCCAGCAAGCCAAGUAGCGGCCGGCCCGGCGAGGCCACUGCACGCAAGGUUGGCCCACGGUGGAGCAGCCCGGUGAUGCGCAGUUGGGGAAUGUGAAGCAAAGUGCCUUGGCUCUGAAGCACGGCUCCCGUUGGGGGGGGGGGCAGGCACCAGCCCUGCAGGGCAGCUUUAGCACACGCACACACACGCAUGCAUACACACACAAAGAUCCUGCGUAUAGCCUGGACAGACUGUUGGGGCAAGCGCUGGUAGCGAGUAGCACCGAUGAAGGCCGACACGGCGCACGAAGCUGCGGGUGGGCCAGCACCAUGCUCUGAUGCCUCUGUCUCCCCAGUGCCGAUCUUUUAAACACCAAACGAGGUACUCGCUUGAGGCCCAGUUGACCUACGUACACACACAUGCACGCACGUACACACACACACACGCACUCACACACGAGAGUCUUAACAAGCGCCAUCCUUCGCGCGGACCGACAUCGACGAGCCUGCGGGGACUUCUUUUCCUCUGCCUCCCCCCCCCCCCCCCCCCCCAAAAAUAUAUUUUAUUUAUUUUGUUUUUUGUUCCCCGGUGACCAUCCUGAGCAAUUGCUACGCUACCUAAGAUGUCGCCACCACGGUGCUUUACGCGAAGACUCCUGCUGCUGCUGCUGCGAGUGACCGAGAUUCAAGGAGCGGGCAUCCAGCAACCACCCCCCCCCCCCCCCCCACGGCUGUCGUGACGAACCUCCAGCAAAGGGAGCGGCGUGUAAAUAGACGCGUGCUUUUUACCCUUAGUCACGCGCGAGAGAGAUUUUUUUCGCUCGCUCACAUUUUUUCUUCAUUUGUGUUGUCGACUAAAAGACGUCGCUUCUCCGGUCGUUUUAAUUCGCUGAGCGGGAGUGGGGGGUGGGGGGGGGAGUGAUGUUCCACGUGGGUUUGUUUCGCUUUUUUGGGAUCGUUUUUGAGUCGGGUAACAAUCUCCCGGGGCGCGCGCACGGAGACAAAGCCACGCUUCCCUCGCUUGAGUUUGCGUUCGUGAUCCCUCGCGCACGUACACGUACGAGCCCCGUGCGUUUUUAAGUCUCUUUUAGGAGUUAAGUUUUACGCAUUCGCGUUAAGUCGUUAAGUUUGAUUCAUUUUUUUGUUCUCUGCUUCGAUGUUUUAAGUUUUGUCGCUUUUUUUCCUUAAAAUAAUGUAGAUCGUACUUUAGGAAUUAUAGGUAGCUUGUUAAGGCUUGCAAAUAGAAUAAAAAGAACAAGAUUGUUUUAUUCCUUCUCAGAAAAUUUUACCAGAUGAUUGAUUUAAACGAUUUUUUUUAAAGAAUAUUCUAUAUAAAUUCUUUUUUUUUUUAAGAAUGACUUUUCAAGAUUCACACAUUUUUUUUCUGGAGUGCAGUAAUUUUUCUAUAUCAAACAAAAAAUUGAAAAAAAAACAUUUUCCGUCAGAUUAAGCAGCGAUAAGAGGUUGGUUAAGUUUAUCUUUCCGUUUUUUUGUGUUUGUGUUGACGUCGCUCGUAUUAAGAUAGCAGGUGGGGUGGGGGGGCAACCUCUGGCGAAGAAGCGUGGAGGCGCAGGAGGAGGAGGAAGCUGGCGGGGCAGUCUGCUGCCGCCACCGCCACCGCAGCCAAACACAGAGUCUAAAGCACUUAGUCAGCAUUACGCCGCCACCACCGCCACCGCCGCGGGCGACACGCAGCCACGUGGGGCCCUACGACACUACCAAAGACGGCGCGCUUCUGCGGACGCGCGAACGCCAACUUUAAGGCGGGGGGGGGGGGGCGUGGGGUGGGGGGCAAGGCUUCAGAACUACAAAACUGUUAACACUUUAAACCUUUUUACAUCUGUGGCAGGACCAUUUUGUUCUCAUAUUUUACUCCGUUGUUUUUGUGUAAGCGUGCGUCGUCGUCGUUGUUGUUUCUCGCGCGCGUGGCUGAUGUGGCUGAUGUGGCUAUGUUGGAAGGAAGACGCGGCCCGAUCACGUAAACACCUUUAGUUUUGUCCCCGUGCGCCGUGGCCGUGCGUCCGCCUGGGCUGUCGCUCCUCCCCCUUGAGUGUGAAGCAAGUCGGUGAGAAUUCUACGACAGCCGGCAGCGUAAUUAGGAGAAAUUCGGAUAAAAACGCAGAGAUUGCGAUUCAUCAUGAGUGACAAAAUCACAGUUGGCAUCGACCCCGGGUCUGGUGUGCAGCGCCAUGAACGUGAGGCGCAAGACUUUUAAAGUGGCUUUCGGGGAAGGGAUUCCGCAGCAUUUGAUUGACGUUUGCUGCGGCUGAAUGGAAAUUCAUUCUUAGAGCAGGAAUUUCGUUUCAAUGAAUUGAAAACCCAAUUCAAAGCGAUUGUUUGCGUGGAGAAGUCAUUGGUGACCGGGCUGAGAACCACCAGCUGGCUACACCCGUCGUUAAUGAAUACUUCAGACCCGCGUCGGGACGACCCGGGCCACGCGUCUUAAGCCAUUCACCGUCUCAAUAAGCGCCGUUUGCCUCUAUUGUUUGUUUCUGUCGUCGAUCGUGCCUCCUUCCUCCAACACGUAAAGCAGAACUGCGGAGCAAUGUGUGUGGGGAACGUUCGCUCCGAAUACGCCUCGUACGACGCUGCGCGGUGCCAACCAAGGGGCGCGUAAGGGGGGGGGGGUGGGGGACGUCGGUGUAGCACGCGGUCGGUUGGCACGGGCCCCCCCUCCCCACGGUGCAACCGCCGCAGCCCGCGCGCUCGAUAGCCACGCCGACCGCUCGACGCACGGCACGGUCGGCGUGCGCGGGUCUUCCAGCGUGCGUGCGGGGGUCUUCCAGUUCCUGCUCUCACGAGCGUCGCCACGAGGGAUGGCCGGUAUCUACCUCAACGGGCGAGCGCGUGCGUCGUCUCGUAUCCUCCUCCUCCCGCGCACGCCGACGAAGAGCGCCCUCCCCGAGCACGCGGGUGCGGCGGUCCACGCGGCGGAGAAGCGCCGGGCCACCGUAUUUUCUCAGACUUGUCGUUUGCUCGCUCCGAUACGUUUUGUAAUCCGUGGCUCGAUUUCAGCCGGGGGGGGGGAGAUCUGUCGGUCUGGGUUGGCGACUCGGGAGAAUAUCUCUCCGUGCGCGGUACACCACGUCCAGUAUAGCUCCUGCUACGGCUGUGGUGACUUGCUCCUACGACUCGCGCGCCACCUGCGCCGGUCUCCCAGUGACCCGGAGAGAAUUCAGAGAUGGAGUGUGUUGUUUUUCUUCCAAUAACACAACCCAGCAGCGUUCUUUUUAUAUAUAUAAACAAGCGGAAACCGUUCCAGAGUUUUCUUGUUCAGACAAAUGCUGCUGGAUAAUAUUGGUCUGGAAAGCCUCAAAAGGCCCAUGGAUUCCAGAUAUUUGACUCUGUACGUGGAAGCGCAGGAAUGGAGUUCCGCUUACAGUCGAGAAAUAAAAUCAAGCCCUCUCUUCCAGUUCACGUCACCACCACGGCGGCAUUUGAUAUUUUUGUUCGUUUUAAAGAGACAUAAUUUUUCACGGGGAAAUGUAAAACGUCACCCCUCCGGAGCUGUACAGUGCGACCAGUUUGUAAGUUUGGUAACGUUGGGCAGACGUUCGGCAAGACGCGCCGCGGAUCUCUCGCGAGACGAGGCCGGACCGCGGCACGCGACUCAGCUGGGGCUCCGCGUCGCCAUCGUUUUAGGAGACGGUGCGUGAUCGCUGUCCACCACGAACCCUGUCCACCACGAACCCGACAGAGCGAGGGCGGAACCAAGGAUGUCGAUGGCAUUGUCGUUUAAGUUCGUACGCUCGCACGGCCUGACGUUGUUGUGCGAGGCAUCUUUGUAAAUAAUCGUUUAAAAAAAAAGAAAAACUACCCACCCACCUCUUCUAGUUACCGGCAGUAAAUUAUCAGAUUGUAAUUUAUAACAAAGGUCUUUUGUCUGUACAGAUAUAAACAGAGAUGUCUAUACGAUCGCGCAAGUCAAUUUAUGGUUUUUUUUAUUUUGGGGUUUGUUCUUCGUUGUUUUUUUUUUCUUCGGUUGCCUGGACUCGGCCGACAGGGGUUGAGUUUCAUUUUCUGGUUGACACGUUUUGUCGUUGAAAUUGAUCGCGACCGGUGGAAGGAGACCUGAAUUGUGGAGUUCUGAAUUAAAAGAAAACGCUGUUUGA